CCAUUCCCGAUUUCUCGCCCCACUCAAAACCUGCACCAUGUUGCUCCUCCACGCCGCUGCUGCUCCUCCUCUGGCUCUUCUUCCCUCCCCGCCGUCGCUUCCCGCCACCGGAUCUGGCUGCCGACCGCUUAUUCGGUCCCGUUUGAGGCUUCUGAGGAAGAAGGCUCUUGGUCGGUCGGUUGUGGCCGUGGCUGGCGAAGGGCAAGCCAUCGCCGGUGUCAUUUUCCAGCCGUUCGAGGAGAUCACGGUAAAAAUGGACUCUCUGGUGCCGAUCGCCAAUGGACACUCCCUCGCUCGCCAGAAAUACGCCGACGACUGCGAGGCCUCCAUCAACUUUCAGAUCAAUGUGGAAUACAAUGUUUCCUAUGUGUACCAUUCCCUGUUUGCCUACUUUGAUAGGGACAAUGUGGCACUAAAAGGCAUAGCCAAGUUUUUUAAGGAAUCCAGCGAAGAGGAAAGGGAUCAUGCUGAGAAGCUAAUGAAGUAUCAGAAUAAAAGGGGAGGAAAAGUAAAGCUUCUCCCAAUCAUCACACCUUUGACCGAGUUUGAUCAUCCAGAGAAAGGCGAUGCACUCUACGCAAUGGAAUUAGCUCUAGCUUUUGAGAAGCUGACAAAUGAGAAGCUGCUAAGUCUGCACAGUGUAGCUGAAAAAUGCAACGAUCCCCAGACGGUGGACUUCGUCGAGAGCGAGUUCCUCGAAGAGCAGGUGGAAGCGAUCAAAAAGGUAGCUGAGUAUGUUGCUCAACUGAGAAGAGUCGGGAAAGGGCAUGGAGUUUGGCAUUUUGAUCAGAUGCUGCUGCAUGAAGGAGGUGCUGCAUGAGCUCCGAGCCUUUGUUCUUCUUAUGGCGACUCAUCUAUGAAUGAGAUGAAAUUUGUGUGAUGUGAAUAAGAAAUGCAAGUAGAUAUUAUGUACUGGAUCAUGUAUUAGCUCUGGUAGUGAGGACUCUGAGUCUAAGCUUCGUCCAAUUAACUCA